CACAGGGAAACAGUCCUUCUACCGAAGGCACUGUACCCACCUUGGUUUAUUUUUCUUCGUUUGGAAUUUAAGAACAGUGUGAUAAAUUAUAUACAGUGACAAUGGUUCCACAGAACAGCCCGGCGAGCCAGUCGUCAGGUAAUUUUGGCUCACAGCAGAUCGAUCCAGAAUCACACACUCCAUACACAGAUGCGACUCAAUGCAAAAAAGCAUCUAAUCAUGUGAAGCGCCCAAUGAACGCUUUCAUGGUGUGGUCUCAGAUCGAAAGGAGACGGAUUUCAGAGGUGUCUCCGGAUAUGCAUAAUGCUGAGAUAAGUAAAAGACUCGGAAAACGAUGGAAAUUAUUGACGGAGACCGAACGCCAGCCAUACAUUGAGGAGGCCGAGAGACUACGGCUGCUACACAUGCAGGAAUAUCCCGAUUACAAGUACCGUCCUAGGAAAAAAGCAAAACCAGUGGGUAAACCAGAGAGUGGAAAAGUAACCAAAAGCUCAAGUAAACACAGACAUGACAAACACCGACAAAAAUCGGUGAACAGGGGCUUUUUAAACGCCACGAACAAUCUCAAUGUGAACACUGCUAAUGCUGACAGUCGACUCAGACUUAAGCUGACAAUUGAUAAAAAGUUCAAAGACAGUAUAAAAGCGAGUCGGCAUGUGCCCGUGUCUUCCUGUCAACUCACCCCUCCCGCCAAAGUGCCGUCCAGUCCCUCGGUGUACUCGCCCCCAACCCCGGAGUCCACAAGCUUCUACCCAGAGGAAAUCUACGACACCCCGGCAGCCUCUCCGCAGGAAGAGCCCGCAAAGACCAGUCUACCUCACCAUGGACCCUCCCAACACGGGGACGGGUCCUCCCUAGCGGAUCUCGACAAUCUUACGGAUGUUUUACAAAUGCCUACCAACUGGCAGCUAGAACUCGGAAAUCUGGAUCUCAGUAAACUAGCCGAUACAGACUUCCCAAACUUUGAUAUACAACAGGCACAUCAGUCCUGUCAUGUUUCCAGUGCUAUGUCCACAUCAAGCAAUGGAUCACAUUUUGAAUUCCCGGAUUAUUCCACACCAGAAGUGUCCGAAAUGAUCGGUCUGGAAAACGAGUGGUUGGACAUUUCAGUGCUGGGAUCGAUUGCUGCCCAUUAGACUGGCUGUGUUGGUGAGAACGCUCUUACUACCAAUGGUACUUACAUAAUAUAUGUCGAUCUUUCAUUCAUUGUGCAAAUGUGUGUAUAAACGGGACAAUGUGCAAAAUAGUGAGGACUUGCAAAAAUUGUUGGGAGGAAUACUGUCAUUCAGAGUGCUCCACUAGGUCCGAUGGAGAAUGUAUAUAUUAAGUUAAUAUAGGGCUGUGUGGUUCACUGUAUGUGUGUUGUGAGUGUAUAUAGAGUCAUACUAUAACGGACGGUCAAUUUUACCGGUGGACGGACACCAGAUCAGGUCAGUAAAUCAUCGAAAUUCAAUCAUUUUUUUUCUACCGCAAUUUUUUUCUAGCCGAUGAAAUGCAAUAACUGUUGAUGCGUAUCUGACCAUUGGUACAAAAUGCCCGUGGGAUAUUUCUCAUUAAAGUAUAUUUUCAUAUUCCGUACUUGUUAAACAGCAGGGAACUUUGUAUUAGGAAAUAUCCGAAAUAUAACGUGUAAAUAUUGUAAAUUUUUCAGAGAGAGUAUAUGUUGAAACAAAUCCAUGAGUUUUUUGUACAUUUUGUAGAAAUGUGAUGAGAGACUGUAUUUUAUUAUAAAAAAAACCUCGGUACCAUCGUCACACGAUUUUAUAACAUUUUCUAUUAUGUUAUUUUAAAACAAAGCAUUUUUGUAGAGAAAGAUAACUAAAUCUGAAAAGAUUAAUGUACAAAAGGAUGGGGUUUAUUUAUUGUGCUAGUAAGAUUGUUAUUUAUAAGUAUAAUGCCCAUCGGCGAGUGUGCUAGCGAGUGUGAUAUGCAUAUCCAACGAACAAGAGUGUUUACGUAUGGCAAGGAAAAACAAAACAAGCCAAAUGUAAAUAUUAUUUUGCACAUCCAAAAUUGUGCAUUCAUUUAUAUUAAUAUUAUUAUG